AAAAGGAUUGGAAAAAUUAUAAAGCAACAAGAAAUAAAGUGAACAUAGAGCUUAGAAAUGCUAAAAAAGAUUAUUAUUCCUCGAAAAUUGCUGGUCAAAAAUGUGAUCCAAAAAAUGCUUGGAAAACCAUAAACAAUCUAUUAGGUAGACAAAGCAAACCAACAGUGGUGAAUGAGCUAAAGCUGGGUGAAAAUAGUUUAACAAGUCCAAAAGAUAUUGCAGAGGGCUUUAAUGAUUAUUUUUCAAGUAUUGGCCCUGAUUUAGCAAGCAAUAUUCAUACUUCGAAUGACAGCUUUGAAAAAUAUGUUAAAAAUUCUAAAUCAGAAUUCACUGCUUUCCAGCCGGUUACCGUCAGUAAUGUCUACCAUCUCUUGCAUGGACUUUCUGCCAAUAAAGCAACUGGAAUUGAUAAAAUUUCUUGUAAAAUUAUUAAAAUAGUAGCUCCUGCCAUUUCAGAUUCGUUGACAUAUAUUUUUAAUCAGGCAGUUACUCUCUCCUCUUUCCCUGAUAAAUGGAAAGUGGCUAGAGUAAUACCUCUCUACAAAAAUGGCCAACAAAAUGCAGCAGGAAACUACAGACCAAUUUCAGUUUUGCCAGCUAUAAGUAAAGUUAUGGAACGAAUUCUGUACGAUCAGCUAUACAAUUAUUUAACAAAAUUUGAACUUCUGAGUAAUUCUCAGUUUGGUUUUCGAAAAUUUUACUCUACAGUUACAGCAUUACUCGACUGUACUAAUGACUGGUUUAUGAACUUAGACAGAAAAAUGUUUAACUUUGUAGUCUUAAUUGACCUGAAAAAAGCAUUUGAUACUAUUGAUCAUCAAAUUCUGUUAAGAAAGUUGGAACUUCAUGGAAUAAAAGGAAAAGCUUUGACCUUUCUUAAAUCUUACCUCACAAAUCGAAAACAGAAAUGCCAAAUAAAAGGAUCCAUUUCAUCAGAAAAAAAACGAUCAAAUGUAGUGCACCACAAUGCUCUAUUCUUGGGCCACUAUUCUUUCUAA